CGAUGAUGAUAAUGAAGCAGUGCUUGUUAUGGACAAGAAGGAAUUCAAGGCUCAUGCUAGUCGGCCAAGGGCUGUUAAGAAGAAAAGACUGAGGUCUACUGCAUCAAGCUUGAGGCCAACGUCUAGCCCAGCUGCAGGUACAUUGGUGGUGUGCCCUGCUAGUGUUCUUAAGCAGUGGGCUAAUGAGCUGUCCACCAAGGUUACAAGAAGUGCGGAAUUGUCUGUUCUGGUUUAUCAUGGAGGUUCAAGGACUAGGUAUCCCACUGAACUGGCAGAAUAUGAUGUAGUUGUUACAACAUACGCAAUUGUGGCUCGUGAAGUGCCUAAAGAAAACCCUAAUGAUGAGGUUUCUCCUGGCAAUAAAAGGAAACUUAAGAAAAAUACGAAAGGCAAGGCAAAGAAGAUAAACAAACCUGGCCCACUUGCUAAGGUACGAUGGUUCAGAGUUGUUCUAGAUGAAGCUCACAUGAUAAAAGGACACCAAACUCAAACGGCUAAAGGCUGUUGUGGACUGAAUGCAGAAAGGAGAUGGUGCUUAUCAGGAACACCUAUGCAAAAUAACAUUGUGGACCUUUACAGCUAUUUUCGCUUCUUGAAAUAUGAGCCUUAUUCUAAAUUUCGUUCAUUUAGCUCUAUGCUAAAAGAUCCAAUCUCAAGGGACACAAGUCUUGGCUAUAAGAAACUUCAAACUGUCUUGAGGAUAGUUCUGCUACGGCGCACAAAAGAAACACUACUUGAUGGAGAGCCAAUCAUAAAAAUACCACCAAAGACAAUUCAGUUGAGUAAAAUAGAUUUCACUAAGGAGGAGCGGGCUUUCUAUUUAAGGCUUGAAGAAAACUCUCGUCAAACGUUAAAGGGACGUUCUGAAGAUUUCAUACAGAAAAACUACGUGCACAUCUUUGCGUUGCUGUCUCAACUUCGGCAGGCUUGUAACCACCCUUUUCUUUUAAGGGGGAAAGAAUCGUGUGCCCACUCUCUAAGAUUGGCAAAGCAACUUCCUGUGGUGACGGCAGUAAAUUUGCUUAAAGUUCUGGAAAGCGGUGCUGCAAAAUGUACCAUAUGUGGUGUAAGCAAACAGUUCAUUCAGAAUUUGUGCAUGCAAUUUUUUAAUCCGCCAAAGGAUACUGUCGCACCACCAUGUGCUCAUGUUUUCUGCUCCAAGUGUGUGCAUUUGGAGUUAUUAGAAAAUAAAAGGAUAAUUGAGAAGGUGUGCCCUGCUUCUCCACAUUGUGGAAGAGAAAUAAGUGCUGAAAAUCUUUUAUUCACCGAUGUAUUGAAGUUCUGUCUCUGGCCUAAUCUGGAGUCUGAAGCACCAGCCAGUCAUUCCAUAGAUGUGCACCAACCAUUCUCGGUCUGUGAAAGUAGCUACAUCUCCUCCAAGAUCCGGAACACCAUUGACAUACUGAACUCGAUCAUCAACACGGGGGAUGCUGAUGAUACCAUGGGAUCAGUUCCAAGCGAGAGCACUACUCCUGCUAAGGCCAUAGUGUUCACCCAGUGGACUGGCAUGUUGGACUUGCUGGAGUGUUCACUGGCCAGCAACCAUAUUGAGUUCAGGAGGUUGGAUGGGUCAAUGCCUCUGAACGUAAGAGAAAAGGCAGUGAAAGAGUUCAACACUGACCCAGAGGUGAGAGUAAUAAUUAUGUCACUGAAGGCUGGCAAUCUUGGUCUGAACAUGGUAGCCGCCUGCCAUGUGCUCAUGCUUGAUCCUUGGUGGAAUCCCUCUGCUGAGGACCAGGCAGUUGAUAGGGCACACAGGAUCGGUCAGACUCGUCCGGUUACUGUUUCCCGUCUAACCGUCAAAGACACCGUGGAAGACCGCAUUUUAUCUCUGCAGGAGGGAAAAAGGAAGAUGAUCGAAUCUGCGCUGGGUGAGGACCCAUCCGGUGGCAGUCCAGCAACCCGGCUCACUGUAGAGGAUCUCAAAUACCUCUUCAAGAUGUGAUGACAGCUUACGGAAUGUAAAUUGCAAGGAUCCUUCGUAGGGUAGGGUUGAUCAAUAUUUAUCGCUGGGAUAAAUAUGCAAGCUAUAGGCCUGUUACUGACGAAUACAAUGAAUCAUUGUGCUAGUGUGUUUGUGUGGGUAAAGGACGAUUUUUGUGCUGUCUAUGAUCCUAGGAGACGAGUGGGUCUCAACUCUCAAAUAGUGCUAGUGAGCCGAUAAAUCAAGGUGGCCUGCCAUUAAUUUGGUUUCUCUCUCUAAACUAAUCAUUGCCCCUAGGAUGAUAGUGGUUUUUAAGCAACAACAUCAGAUUGAUUCUUGAGUGUGGUCUUAGUGAAAG